ACUGUAUAACGGAAAUCUACAUAAUAGUAUCAGAUUUCAAAUUAGUCUUUGACAGUUCAACGUUUAAAGAAGUGUGUUAGAAUGGACCAAGAAAUAAGCGAAUGUCCGAUUACCCUGUGGCUGAAGAAGUGUCGGGAGGCCUCCGAUUUAAGCAAUGUAUCCAAGAAAACAGCUUCCACUCCAACCUUGUCGAAGACUAAGUCCAUUGGUAUAAAGAAAAGACCCAAGAAAUGGCAAGGUGGUGCUUCACACAAGACUCCGAUCGGUGGUGAUCAAUUCAUUCCGGUCAGAAGCACAACAAAUUAUGAAGUUGCACAUUAUAAGGUGACAAGGGAACAAGAAGCAGAUAAAUCGACAAGCCCUGCACAGAAAGAAUACAGGCGCCUUUUAUCAGAGUGUCUUUUUGGUGGGGAAAUUAAUAAAAUGAAGAUUCUGUCCUUCAAAAACAAAGCACCAGGAAGGCCUGUUGGAUUCGCGGAUUCUUUGAUUAAUAUGUAUUCCAAGGCACCAGCAUCAACAAAAAGUUCAACUAGAUACAUUCCAAAAAAUCCAGACCGAAUUCUUGAUCCUCCUGACAUUGUGGAUGACUAUUAUCUGAACCUGAUUGAUUGGAGUCCCAACAACAUUCUGGCAGUUGCUCUUAACACCAGUGUGUAUCUGUGGAAUGCUGGUACUGGUGCUAUUGAGAAAUUGCUCAGUCUGGAAGGGAGUGAUUUUGUAUGUUCUCUGAGUUGGAUACAAGAAGGAGAUUGUCUUGCUGUGGGAACAAGUAUGGGAGUUAUACAGUUGUGGGAUUGCAGCGAGAGGAGGCGACUGCGUAUCAUGGGCGGCCACUCGGCAAGUGUCACCUCUCUGUCAUGGAAUUCUUACAUUCUGAGCAGUGGUUCUGCUAGCGGUCGCAUCAUUCAUCAUGAUGUUCGACAGAGAGAUCACCGUGUGGCUGUGUUGUCUUCUCAUACACAAGAGGUUUGUGGACUAAAGUGGUCGCCAGAUGGCAGGUAUCUAGCCAGUGGUGGGAAUGACAAUAUGCUUUACAUAUGGCCAGUUGUGGCAGGACAGGCUUUCUCACAACCCCAGCCAUUACACUCUCUCAGGACAGACUUUCUCACAACCCCAGCCAUUAUACUCUCUCAGGUUGCUGAAUUAACUGGCCACAAAAAGUGGGUCUUGCAACUGGCUCUGUGUCCAGACGGAAGCACAGUGUUGUCUGCUGGUGCAGAUGAAACCUUAAGAUUGUGGAAAUGUUUUGUUCUUGAUCCUGCCAAGAAGAAGAAAGAGAUAAGAGACUCUAAGGCUGCUCCGAGCAUGUUUAAGGGAAUUCGAUGA